GGUGUCUCUCUACAGCUGUCUUGUGUCUGUCCUCAGAACAUGCACCUCUGUAUCCUAGUGAGUGCCCUUCUCAGCAUCCCUGUGUCUUUGGGUGAGUUGGACUUUUUGCCGUUUUAAUAUUAUAGCAUUUGCAUCCAGUUGUAGAUUGUUGUUCAACCUAUGAUUACUUUACAGUAGUAAUAUGUUGGAAGAAUUUGAUUUGACUCCAAUCUCUCUCUCUCUCCCGUCUAGCUUUCUCUUUGGGUGGGUCCAGUGUUGUCGUUGUUGUCUCACAAAAAGUCACACAUGGAUUUAAAAAAUGCUGUAUUUACUUUUGAUAAUGUCUGGCCAUUACCUUUUUUCCUCCUCCCAUCAAUGUUUUACAUUUCCUGUUGUCUCACUCUAUUUGUCCCUCUCUUUUUCAGGCUGGAAUGAAGACUUACAGAUAGUGUGUUCUGGUCGAGAGUUCCGUCUGCCGGUCUACUCAGGGUCAAGAAUUGUGACCUUUACCCCCAACUACCCUCCAGGACCAAGAAGAGUGCUUCUGGAGAACAACAAUGUAGGUUGUGUGUGGGUUGGUUCUUCUAUCCUUGCGGGACCUAAAAUCCACAAAUGUCCCUACAAGGAUAGUAAAACAAGGAAAAUCCUCCCUAGUGGGGACAUUUCCCAUGUCCCCAUGAGGAAAAAGGCUGUUUUAAGCUUAGGCGUUAGAUUUAGGGUUAUGGUUAGAAUUAGGGUAAGGGGUUAGUGGUAAGGGUUAGAUUUAGGGAAAAUAGGAUUUUGAAUGGAAAUUCAUUUUAGGUCCCCACGAGGAUAGAAGAACGUAACGUGUGUGUGUGUGCUAAGCACUAUUGUGUGUUUUGUAGUUGAAGGACCCACGGUUUGAGUGGACGAAAGAUAGGACGUUGCUGCUGAAGGACGUCACACACCGUGACCAAGGGCUUUACUCUAUCAAACUGUCCUCUGGAUUCACCUACGAGACAGUUCGCCUCACUGUCUCAGGUACAACUCAGCCACAGGGAAUACCUCUCUCCAUUUCUUUCUAUCUAUUCUCGCUCUAUUUCUUGCUCUCUAUUCUGUCUCUCUCUUUCUCUAUGAUAUUGUAUAAUGAUUCAUUGUGUCUGUUGAAAUAGAUUGUAUAAACUUUGAAACGUUGUAUAACUCUCAAGAUAAUGUCUCUCUAUUUCUCUUUCUUUCACCCUUUCUCAGAAUGUAUAAAAACCUUCAGACGGGGCUAUGGGGAAACCUUUCAGCACAACAUCCCUAAAUAUGGCUCCCUGCUGGAGUUCUCUCCCCGGGGCUCCCCCCCUGACUCCCAGCCGGUAUUACUGUGGAACCGGACGGACCCUGAGACCAGCGAGGCGGGCCGGGGGAGGCUAGGGUCAGAUGGGAGGGUCUGGGUGGCAGAGAGGGUGACCCAGGCAGACCAGGGAAACUACACCAUCCGAGACGAGAACGGGAAAGUAAUCUCCCGCAGCAAAUUGACUGUCAAUGGUGAGCAUUAGAAAUAUCAAAGAGAUCUGGAUGAAGGGGAGAGCAAAAUGAAAAGGGAGAUGGAGAGAGAGCGGUAGAUGGGAUUGGAGGCUAGGAGAGGAGAGAUUGCGAUAUUAGAUCUGACAAAUGGUCCAAACUGACUCUUAAUUGUAUCUGAUUCUUUCUUUCAUCCUGAUGCCCCUCAUCGUCCUCAUGUCCCCUCCUUAAUUUCUCCUUUUUCUUUUACUUUACACUCUUUCCCAUUCUCUCUCUCUCUCUCUCUCUCCUCAUUAUCCCCUGUGUGGGUGCAGGGCACACCUUCAAUGUCACCCGCUUCUUCAAGGAGUCUCUAAACCUUCCCCUCUUUCUCCCUGUCCCACAUGUCCACCUCAUUUUUACCCCGUCACUGCACCUCUCCGACCUCUCCAACCCCUCCAACGUGCCCCUUGACUCCCGGUACUCCCGCCCCGUGCAGCUGAUCAGGGACGGCCAGAUCGUGGACCAGGAUCCCCGGUACUGGGGCCUCAUCUCUCUGGGGAGAAACGGGACUGUCAAUGAGUUUGUCAUCACCAGGCUGAGUGCAAAGCAUGAUGGGAUGUAUGAGAUCCGAGAUCAGGACGGCAACCUGGUGUCGUCCACCGUUCUCCAUGUGGUCGGUGAGUGACAGUGAAGGUGUGUGUGUGUCUCUGUGUGAGCAAGAGCUUUCCCCUUUACAUGAUGCAGAGAUAAUAUCUUUCUUGAUCUACCCGCUCACUAUUUCUCCCUUCCUUUCCUCCCUUUUUUCUUUCACUCACUCUGUUUCUCUCUCUCUCUUUGUUUCUCUCUCCAGAUAAGACUGCUAGAUGGAGAGCAGUCCUCAAAUCCAUCAGUGUUCCUUCUGGCAUGUUUGUGACUUUGGCUGGUUUCAUCCUGUUUAUGAAGCGCUACCCUAACUGCAGCCUCACUAUGAUCAUCAACGGCCUAAGAGGUCACCACACACCAGCAGCUAACCCUCCAAGAGCCAAUGUCCAGGUGAGGGGAUGUUUUGAAUGAGUUUGAUGGCUGUAGAGUGAAAGAUGUGUGUGAGCUUGGUAGGUAGAAGCAAUAUGGUGGGGUUAUGAGUGGUUAUUGGAGGGUUUGUGUGUGCGCAAUGCUAUGAGCCUGUUAUCAUGGUACUAUGUUGUCCAGCCAUUUCAACUGUGUGAUUAUAGCAUUCUGAAGUGCGUGUCAGAGUAAAAAUAGAACCAGUCCUUUGCGCCAGUCUGAAUAUCCUUCUGCAUCAGUUCCUUACACAUUUAAAUUGGGUCAAUGGUCACCUACAGUUUCAUGCUUCUCUGUGGAUUGUUUAUGUUUGUGUGGCUGUGCGUUCCCCUGUCUGUCUACGCUAAAUAUAGUGGAUUUGAUAUUUACAUAGUUGUUUUGUUUAUGUCAUCAGCAGGACUACAGUCCACCCAGCCUCCAGCCGUCUGGCUUUUACGGUCAUUCACAGCAGAUUGUUACCCCAAAAAUAUGGAGCCCCAGACCUACAAAUUCGGUAGGGAGGCGGUGAAGUUAAUUUAGGCUCUUUCUUAAAUGUUUUUCUUUUCACCAUUAUUCUAGAUUUCUGUAUUAUGUGUCUUUCUCAGGGUUAUACUCCUGUCGUGGACAGUGCACCACUUGUAGUGGACAGUGGACCACAGCCCUCUCCUGAGCCAGUGAGGACAGCGAGACAACAGGAGGCAGAUGGACUUAGAGUUGAUACUGCCACUACUCACACUCCUAGUAAAGAGGUAAAUACACACACUGUUUCUAUUUUCUGUCUCACAAUGGACAAUAAAGUUAUAUUCUGCUCUUUCUUUUGAUCAUUGACUCCCUCUCUCUUCUCAGGAGACUGCUGACGGAGAGAGGGAGAUCUCCUUUUCAAUCGCUGGCACCUCAGACUGCCUCCACUCAUCUGAAGACUGCUUUCAGUUCCAGAUCAAGAAAGAGGGAGACAAGCAGAGAUGGAGCAAAGCAAAAUACUACUUCUCCACACUUCCACUGGACACAGAUACCUCGGAGACUUGCAGCGUCUACACUUCUGAUAAACUCAACUUCUUAUAGAGCACAGAGAAGAGGACUGAACGGAGGUAAAGGAAGAGGGAGGAGAGAAAAUAGUGGAGGGCGAUAUGAUGAAACUGUUCAUGGCUGAUUUUGUCACUAUAGUGCCUUCACUCUCAGAACCCUAUUUGGACCUGUUUGGGUAUUGCGUAUUACUUCACAAUUUCUUUAUGAUCAUGUCAUUAUCAUUUCUUUUAAGCAUGAGAUGAGCAAUAUCCUCCAUUUUGGCAUGUCACUCCUUUGUACAACUGGAUAGGUAAUGUUCCCAAAAAUCUAACGAUGACUUUGCUAACUACCUACCUACCUACCUAC